AUGAAGUUGGUCCAGCUCAUCACUCUCUUUGGAGGUGCUGCACUUGCAGUCCAGUUUCUUGUAGCUCCUCAUAGUCAGCGUGCCCUGAACGACACCCACUCCACGGUUGUCAUGGUCACGUCCACGCACAUGGUCUCCGAGAUCUGCACCGAUGUUGCGAGAUGCCCUCCUUAUACCACCGAGGUCCAGACCUCUGUCAUUCACGUCACUGACACGACCACGGUCUGCCUUCUCUCUUCGACGCCUUCUGGAUACAUGCCUCCGGUUUCUGCUACUACAACUCUGCCAGCUACCAGCUCAGUCUAUCCCACGGAGUCAAGAAUCUCGGUUAGCAUCAUACCUGGUUCUUACAUCUCUAUGUAUCCGAGUUUCAGCGUCUCUCCUCAGACCAGCGUCUUGACUACAGAGGUCACUUCUUCAAGUGUUUACGUGCUACCGUCCAUCCCACUUUCUCAGCCGUCUGUAUCAGUCAGCCACGGUCCCACCCCCAAGCCGAGUGUAUCAAUCUCAUACACGGCCACAAGCGCUCCAGUGAUAAGCAUCUCUAGUGCAACUUCGUUGAUCUCAAUCACAGACACCGUUGGUUCCUCAUACCCGGUAUCUUCGGUAGGUUCGAGCUCUGCUGGCUAUUCAAGUGCGUCCGUCUCGCCUCCUACCGUCUCGGUAGUCCCAUCGUACGCAGACUCUAGCUCGGUUGCUACUCAUAGUUCGACGGCGGUCUCUCACUCAUACCCUGGUCCCAACACUCCCAGUAGCUUAGCAGGUACCUCGACGACUGAUUUCGUCCCGGUCCCUACCUAUGUCUUUGAUACCACUUCAACGCCAGGCUAUGUUCUGUCUUAUACAGCCACACCAUCGAGCAGCAAUACCAACACACUAUCUGCUUCUUCUACAGCAUCAUACCCUGGGGCUAACUUUGUACGUUCAUCUUCGGGAGAGUACGUUUUUUCAACAGGCAGCACCGUUGUGCCAAUUUCUCCCACAGUUCCUUCACCGACGUGGCCAUCCUCGAGCGGGUAUACGAUACCAUCUGGCUCUCUCAGCCCUUGGUCACCGACAUACCCCAGCUCCACCGUACUCGAGAGCACGAAUGCGAUUACUAGCUAUCAUGUGCAUCUGUCCACAUCCUAUAUUACUGCAUCGGCUUCUUCUAGUGGUCUCAACAACCACACCGAGACCAGCGCUCAGACUGUGCCUACAUAUGUUCCUUCGGGAAUCUCCGCUGGCCCCUCUGGAUCUGAUUAUCCAUACCCCUACGCCAGCGCAAACCGAUCGAUUAUUGGCCCUUCGCCCAGUUACAUGGAGGUUCCAUUCAACACCGGACAUCGCAUUGGAGCUAGGAGAUGGUGUGGCGCACUCGUUAUCAUGAUUCUCUGCAUUGCCAGCUGGGCAUAG